AUGUACUUUGAGAUAACUCGUGGGAGCAUCCAUUAGAGUUUUUCUCAGUCAGCGUCAUUGUUGUCUCUAGUUGCGUUCCUCUCGAACUCUCUCUCUCUCGCUCGCCAUGGCUGUUGCCCUCCAGUUCUGCCGAUUAUGCGUUCGGCCAGAUACUUUCGUGCUUGAGAAUCAUCUCUCUGGAUCUGGAUCAUCUAUCCGGCGCCGGAAAGCUUUCUCAGUCCGGUGCUCGUCUGGUGAUGUGAACGCUCCUUCGCCACCGAUGGUGAUGGACUCCGAUUUCGACGCCAAGUCGUUCCGUAAGAACUUGACCAGAAGCGAUAAUUACAAUCGUAAAGGUUUUGGCCACAAGGAGGAGACUCUCAAGCUCAUGAACCGAGAGUACACCAGUGAUAUAUUGGAGACCCUGAAAACAAAUGGGUAUACUUAUUCUUGGGGAGAUGUUACUGUGAAACUCGCUAAAGCUUAUGGUUUUUGCUGGGGGGUUGAGCGUGCGGUUCAGAUUGCAUAUGAAGCUAGAAAGCAGUUUCCUGAGGAGAGGCUUUGGAUUACUAACGAAAUUAUUCAUAACCCCACCGUCAAUAAGGUGGUGGAAGAUGCAUUGGUGAAGGUGUUCGAUAUAAAACGUGAAGAGUUGUUGCAGCUGGCUUGA